AUGGCUACCAUGAAGCAAAGAAUUGCUGAGUACGCCAGUGCCUUUGCAAAGCAAAAGCGCCUCCGAGAGGUUGGCUUCAGCUUCUUAUGCAAUGCCACAGGGCGCCUCUUCACCAAACAGCAGGUGAGCUCAUCUGAUCUCGAUGCCAACUAUGACCCGGUCUAUGCAGUCAUGGUUGUAAGCCGGGGCACGGGAAGGUAUUCAGCACAUCUUCUCAAAGAAAGCAUCAUGAAGUUUUACGAGGAGGUCAGCCGCUUCCGGAACCUUUACCGGCACGCGGGCACCUCGAAGAAGGGGAACAUCAACCGCCUCAAGCAAGAUCUGGAAGGCAAAGUGGAUUCUAGGACUUCGUUCCUGGAUCGGCGCACCCAGAUGAUGAUUCCGAAGGGGAUGGUGGAGAGGGAGGUUGAUUUGGAGAGCACGGUGCCAAAGCUUCCUGGUGAUUCUGGUGGCCACCACCCAGAUCAAAAGAUCAUGGACUUGGCGCUGCAGCUGAAGGAUGCCCGCGCGCAUGCUGCAUCCCAAAAAAAAGCAAGAGACACAUAG